AUGAUGUCCUCUUCGAGCAGCCUGCCGAGUGUGCACAAGAACUCGGCCACGCCCUCGUCUAGGAAGAACAGCAUCAUCUUUGAGGACGACGAGUUCCCAGACAAGCCCACGCUACAUGACGUGCAGCUGCCUGAUAUUAAGCUGGGCAGCGGAGACAGAACAAGGCGACGGCCAACACGCGGGUCAUUCACAGUCCCCAAGCCCUUCAAAGUCGCAAACCGCCGGUUGUCUGUGCGCGAGCAAGAGUUCUUAAAGGAGCAGGAGAUUAUCCGCAAGAACCGGCAGCAACUCGACGACAUCUGGCGCCUUGGCAUUGAGAUGGAAAGGGCGAAAGCGAAGAAGGAGGAGGCUGAGAGGCGCGAGCGACAGCGCCGCGCACAAGAGGAGCGUGAAGCCAAGCUCAGGGCACAGGAGCGGUUGAGGCUGCAGAAGCAACAAGAGAUUGAGCGAGAGCGCCAACAACAGGAAGAGUUGAGAAAGAAGCUGGAGCGAGAGGCACGGGAGGAGCAGCUGCGACAGCAGAGGGAGGCCGAAGCAAAGGCCAAAGCGGAGGCUGAGCUUGAGCGCAAGCGGCAGGUGGCGCGGCAGCGACAGGAAGAACUGCGGCGGAAGAAAGAGGAAGAAGAGAGGAAGCAGCAAGAGGAGCUGGAGAGGAAGCGGAAGAGGCAGGCAGAGGCGCUUGAGAGAAAGGCAGAGCGCGAACGCCAACGCAAGGUGUUGGAGGCAAAGCAGGCGCUGCAACGCAAGAUUCGCUGGCUGCACAAGUUUGGCUGAUGGGUGGCAGCGGUGUUUGAUGGCUAUGUGGAAUGAAUGGCGGCUGUAGUGAAACACGCACACACACACACACAUAUGUGUGUGCGUGGGCGUAUUCAAUGGUGACAUGGUAUGAGAUUGCUUGGCCGUAUGCACGGAAGGACAGGAUGGGGGACACGGUUGAGAGGUUACGCUGUUUGUAUGUAUGCGCGGACCAACUGACAUGUUGCUUGUGCUCUGAAUGAAUGAAAUAACGAAACGGGG